AUGUCCGGUGAAGCGUGGCUCUACCUGUUGGCGGUGCUCAUCAACGCCGUCAACCUGUUUCUGCAGGUCUUCUUUACUAUCAUGUACAGCGAUCUGGAAUGUGACUACAUCAACCCCAUCGACCUCUGCAACCGUCUCAACGCCUACAUCAUCCCCGAAGCCGCAGUCCACGCUUUCCUCACUAUCUUGUUCAUGAUCAAUGGCUACUGGCUCGCGCUCGUUCUCAACCUUCCUCUGUUGGCGUUCAAUGCCAAGAAGAUCCUGGAGAACCAGCACCUUCUGGAUGCGACUGAGAUCUUCCGCAAGCUGAACGUGCACAAGAAGGAAUCCUUCAUCAAGCUGGGCUUCCACCUCUUGAUGUUCUUCUUCUACCUCUACAGCAUGAUCGUUGCUCUGAUCCGCGACGAAUCCCACUGA